AUGCAAUCUCACGAGACCAACCUAGAUGAGAAGGAUAUGAAGGGAGGUGAGUCACUUAGCCGGGACCUCGAUCUUGGUCAAGUGCUCGCUAUCCAACCAACGAUUGAGGAGGAACGGAAAGUAUUGUGGAAGCUCGAUCUUAUUCUGGUCCCGUUGAUGGGAGUCGCAUAUUUCCUCCAAUUCCUCGACAAGCUCGCUCUGAGUCAGGCGACGCUCUUCAAUUUACGAGAAGAUUUGCACCUGCGCGGAGCACAAUAUUCAUGGGCAUCUGCGAUUUUCUAUUUUGGUUACUUUGCCUGGAGUUGGCCUAGUUCAUAUAUUAUCGUCCGGCUUCCUAUUGGGAAAUAUAUCGGAGUCUCGGUCUUCAUUUGGGGCGGGUUCUUAUUGUGUCAUGCUGCUUGCUCUAAUUGGGGUGGACUUAUGACCGUCCGUUUCUUCUUCGGAGCAGGGGAGGCGUCAAUCGCACCGGGAUUCACCUUGCUGACGGGAAUGUUUUAUAAACGGGAGGAACAGCCUCUACGACAAUCUGCUUGGUUCUUCGGAAACUGUGUCGCUGUACUCAUUGGUGGAGUCAUCGCCUACGGUAUUGGAACCAUUAACACGUCAGUCAUUUCUCACUGGAAACUCUUGUUCCUUAUUCUCGGCGCCAUCACUUCAACUUAUGGUCUUAUAUUGUUUGUCCUGCUGCCAGACUCGCCUUCCAAGGCCAUCUUUUUGAAGCCUAAUGAGCGUGCUAUUGCUGUGCAGCGAACGCUGAAAAACAAAACCGGAGUCAUGGAUACUGGCGUGUUCAGGUGGUCGCAGGCUCUUCAAGCCAUAAAAGACCCCCAGACGUGGUUUCUGGUUAUGAACUCUUUCGCCUCGAACCUGGCCAACGGUGGUCUCACUAGCUUUACGUCGAUCAUCACCGCCGGGUUCGGGUUCACUGAUCUCAAGGCCCUUAUUAUGCAAAUGCCUCAGGGAGCCGCGCAGAUCGUGUUCUUGCUGAUUACCUCAAUCACCGCGACCUUUAUCCCGUCUUCCCGUAUAUUAGGAAUGUGUCUUAACACAGUAGUUUCUAUUGUGGGCUUGAUACUCAUCUGGAAGCUUGACCCCGACGAUCAAGUUGGGCGAAUGGUUGGGUUGACGUUAGCCGUGGUCUACGCGAUCAACCUUCCCAUCUCGUUGAGUAUUGUUACAUCUAAUGUGGCCGGGUUUUCGAAGAAGAGUGUCGUCAGUUCGCUGCUUUUUAUCGCAUACUGCGUUGGAAAUAUCGUGGGCCCUCAAUUUUUCCUUGCCUCGGAGGAGCCUUCGUACCCAACUGGAAUUAAAGCUUCUAUGUCUGGCUUGGUCUCGAGCCUGUUCCUGCUCAUAUGCUUAUAUACGUAUUACACAUGGGAGAACCGCCGACGAGACAGGUUGUAUGGUUCACCUGAGCAGAUGACCGUGGGAGCUGAGCUACAGGAUGAGAUAUCGAACAAGACCGAUCGCGAGAUUGAGAGUUUCCGGUAUCUUCUUUAG